AUGUCUGGUUCGGCGCGUCUCGAGGAGGAACACGUGCACCGCGUCUACGACUCCAUCGCCGCCCACUUCUCCGACACGCGCCACAAGCCGUGGCCACGAGUCCAACGCUUCCUCGACUCUCUGCCCCAAAACAGUUUCGUUGUGGACAUCGGGUGCGGAAAUGGCAAGUAUUUGUCUCCGAUUGGCGGCCACUCGCGUCACGUGACCAUCGGCUGCGACCGCAGCGCCGCUCUUCUGGCCAUUUGCGGCGAACGAGGGUUCGAAACGGUUUCGGCAGACAUUCUGCAGACGUGUCACGUGUUUCGCGCGCAACUCUUCGACGCGGCGCUCUGUGUGGCGGUUCUGCACCACUUGUCGUCACGUGAGCGCCGAUUGCGAGCUCUUCAGGCGAUUGUGGAUUGCGUUCGCGUCGGGGGAAAGAUCUACGUCUGGGCGUUGGAACAGUCGCGCGACGGACAGAACGCCAAAUACCUGAAGAAGGAGAGACCCGAAGAGGAGGAGACGAAGAAGGAGAAGAGAAGCGUUUGCGUCGACGGAAGGGUUCUCGGGAUUCACGCGCAGAGAACGGCGUUCGCGUCGCAAGAGGUUUUGGUGCCGUUCGGGAGCGAAGAACAGCUGCGCUAUUACCACGUGUUCGCGGAGCACGAGUUGGAGGAGUUGGCGCGUGAGGUGCGGAAUGCGCGCGUUUUGGACAAUUAUUACGAAAACGGAAAUUGGGUUUUAAUGUUGGAAAGAACAAUAAAUCACGCGACGGUUUGA